AUGAGCACGAGCUUUGCCAACUUCCCGGCGAGCGCACCAACCGGCACGACCGUCAGCGGCACGGUGAACUUCGUGAACACCAAUACGACCGGUACGGCCACCACGGCGGUGUUCACAUUGACCCUCAAGCCGGGUCUUGGUGUGGCCAACGUGACAGUGACGAGCGUACUGCUUGGUAAUGGGGUAUACAACAACGCCACCGGUGUGGUGACGUUCACGCCGCCGACGGUUGUAAACGUCACGCCGAGCGGCACGGUGAGCGCCUCGAUCAGCUUCCUGCAGACCAGCACGGGCGUGACAGGCACAGGCACCUCGAACGCAACCAACGACACAAAUCCGGCUAACAACACCGGAACCUUCAGUGUCCCUGCUAUCAGUGCAGAUGUUGGCACGACCCUGUCCAUGCCGGCCAGCGCCACACCAGGCGGUACUGUUACGGGUACGGUGACUUUCUUCAACCUCGGACCGUCAACCGCUAACAAUGUGACGCGUACGGUAGCCCUGAAUGGCGGAACCCUGACUGCGGUCACCGGUGGAACGGUGGCUUCGGGUAGCGUUACUGCAACGUUUGCGGCCGUAACCCUGCCGGCUGGAAGCAGUGCCAGCUUUACCUUUACCUACGUGAUGCCGGCCUCUGGCACUGUCAAGGGGACGAGCACCAUUACCACGACAACGGCGGACACGGUUUUGACCAAUAACGUCAGAACUGCCACGACGGUAGUGACGGGCACAGGCGUUGAUCUUUCCGUAACCCUGACCUUGUCGCCCUCAUUGCUUGUGCCUCCAGGCACAGGUACCGUGGCCGGAACCAAUACGGUCACCAUCACCGUGACAAACGUUGGAUCCCUUGCCAGCGGUGCCUCGGUAACGGUCAAUCUCCCGCCAGGUUUAGGUAGCGCGGGUGGCUCUACGGUUAACUUUGUUAUCAGCACGCCGUUGCCGGUGGGUCAGUCCAUUGUCUUCACGACAACUUAUGUGCUGAGUGCUGCACAGACAGCCUCCCAGACUUUCACUGCGCGCGUUACCGCCUUUGGUGGAGCUGACAUAAACCCGGCGAAUGACGUGUCAAGUGUGGUCGCGGGUAUUGGCGCGAACGUCUCGGGCAUCGCUUGGAUAGACAGCAUUCGGGACGGCUCAAACUUCCGGACCUAUCAGGUCGGUGAGACCCUCCUGCCCAAUGUGCUGGUGAAACUUACCAACUCUUCGUCAGUGGUUGUUGGAACAGCCUUUACGAACAAUCUGGGUCAGUACAAGAUCAUUGGCGUUCAGCCCGGGACAGGUUACAGCCUGCAGUUCUUCAACUGCCUGACGGUUACCGAUGCCAGCACUUGUAAUGCCAUUGGCACCACUCCGAUCAACCAGGGUGCAACCACGACCAACGGUAACGCGAAUAAUGCAACUACGGUGGCUGAAACCAGCGUCAAUGGCGGCACGUUCGGCCAGGUUAUUUCCGGUGUCAGCCUCUACGCCGGCGAUAACACUGUCAGCCAGAACCUGCCGAUCGACCCGAGUGGCGUUGUUUACAACAGCCAGACGCGCGAACCCCUGAAUGGCGCAACCCUGUCUCUUUAUGGUCCAUAUGGCCCUGGCGGUUCCCUGGCGCUGGUCCCCGUUCAGAAUCUGGUGGGUGGCAUCAAUACCUGUACGUCCGGCGGAACAUGCCCGAGCGGCCAGCCGGGUGGCUAUGAGUACAUUCUGAAGAGCGUUCCGGGCUUCCCGUUCAUUGCGGGCAACUAUGUGAUUCAGGUGACGCCGCCUUCCGGGUUCUCGGCCAGCACGAUCACGCCGGGUACUUUCCCUCAAUCACCUGUGCCAGCCGGUGCCGAUAUCUUCGUGCAGAGCCAGUCAGGCCCGCCGAAGGGUGGCCAGGCAACGACGUAUUACCUGUCGUUCAAUCUUGCGGCGAACUCGGCGAACAUUUACUUCAAUCACAUUCCGCUGGAUCCUGGAACCAAACCUGUGCUUGGAGCCCUGCUGAUCAGCAAGACCGGGAACAAGACUGUUGCGGAGUUGGGUGAUUCUGUUCAGUACACCGUACGUGUGCGAAACACAACCCUGUUGCCGAUCGCCAAUGUGCAGGUUGCCGAUUCACUCCCGGCCGGAUUCCGCUACAUUCUGGGAACGUCACGCCUUGGCACUGCGACGCUGGCCAAUCCUGCCGGUGGCGUAGGCCGUGAUCUGACCUUCAGUAUUGGCACCAUCAACGGACAGGAAACUGCCGAGUUGACCUAUUUUGUCAGGCUUGGUGUCGGAUCGCAGCAAGGCGAUGGCAUCAACAGCGCACAGGCCAGAGGCGGCGGUGGCCAAGUUUCGAAUAUUGCCAAGUUCAAGGUCAACGUACAGGGUGGCGUGUUCAGCAAUGAAGGCUGUAUCACCGGCAAGGUCUACGUUGACUGCGACGGCAACGCCGUUCAGAACAAUUCAGGCGGAAGCCGUGAAGUGGGCAUCCCUGGUGUUCGCCUUGUGAUGCUGGAUGGCAGCUUCUUUAUCACCGACUCCGAAGGCAAAUACAGCGUCUGCGGCGUCAAGCCACAGACACACGUGGUCAAGGUUGACCGCACGACAUUGCCAAAGGGCUCGCGCCUUGUACCGUCCAGCAACCGGAACGCAGGUGUCGGCGACAGCCUGUUUGUAGACCUCAAGGGCGGGGAACUUGCCCGCGCGGACUUCAUCGAAGGUUCCUGCAGCCCUGAGGUCCUCGACCAGGUGAAGGCGCGCCGUGCCCAGGGAGGUGUAACGUCUCCUGAAACAGAAAAAUCCCUGCCGCUGCAAAUCCAGAAUCGCCCAGGCGAAGUGCCGCAACAAAUCCUGCCGUCCACAAGACAGCAGGACCUCCUCCCCUCAAGUCCGGGGGUUGUGCAAUGA